ACACCUGAGAGCCAGGCGUAAUAUCCUGCUGUGCUGUGCAUGAGAAACCAGGUCGUUCGGGCUGUGAUGCUGAACCAAGAGUGAUUGGUCACAUUGCCUUGCGAUGCGAUGCCUGCCUCUCAGAAUCACCACUCCUACCUUGAUAGGCAGUCUAUUUGUUGCUGCGUGCACGCAGGGCGCGAAAAGAAGCAAGGAGGAGGCGGCGAAAUUGGUCAAUGGGGAUGGUGACACUCCCUGGCUGGUUCCCCCAAGGGUGUGGGCAGCAUGUGGGCAGGCAGGAUACGAGGCUGGGCGGCCGGGCCAACAGGCUCAGAAAAGGCUUGCAGCAUGCCAGUUCGUCGUCCUUGAUGCCAAGGUUGCCUGUGCGUCUAACCCGCCCCAAAAAGAGUAUGCAGAGCACUGUACGACUUGUCAACACGGGUAGACAGGUGGCUUGCAUUGGCCUCUAGUCUUGGUUUCCCAAUCCUCCUUCCAGUACGAGGGGGCAUGAUCAGGAGCGGAAUCACACCCAAGCGAACUAUAACACGAUGGCGAGAUGGAGAAAAAGCAGAAAUAAAGACAAAAGGACAAGG